CAGCCUUGCCCCAUACCAAGUGGGCGCGUUUCAUUUUGUUGGGGUCUGUGUGUUUGGUAUAUGGCGAAUGCUAUUCAGUAGGCGUCCGAGGACGUAUAUUGAGAUCGGCUCACUGCUUAAUGUUUUAAGAUAGGCAUCGACGUAUUUGUCUUUUGGGACUGAAAUAGGAUCCAAAGAUUUUACUGUGAAAAUCGUUAUUAAGCACGCCCGGCUCAUCUGACCUCUUGUGGUUACUUGUGGUAUUGUUUUGCAAAAGUUCCCUGAAUUUUACACAGUUCACACAGAUUGCACUGAGCUGGUCCCAUUCAGGGGUGAACAUAGCCUGAAGAAAACUAUGGCUGACUUUGAAUGGCCAUGGCAGUACAAGUUCCCACCAUUCUUCACGCUGCAGCCGAACACGGAGACGCGUCAGAAGCAGCUGGAGGCGUGGCGCGCGCUGAUUCUGGGCUUCUGCCGCCACCACCGCGUCUACAUCAUCGACCUCGCCGAGUACCUCGACUCGCCGCUCUUCAACAACGCAGACAUCAAACGCCGUCUUUCGGAGGAGUCGAUACAGGCGGUGCUGGAUGAACUGGCGUCCACAGGCCAUGUGGAGUGGAUUGACAAAUCCAAACGACGGUGUUACGUCUUCUGGCGCACGCCGACAGAGUGGGGUCAGCUGAUCUACGCCUGGGUGACCGAUAGCGGCAUGACCGGGUCCGUGUGCACAUUCUUCGAGCUGACCCAGGGCGACGACGUGGCCGACCAGCCGUUCCAGGGUCUGGCCGAGGAGGUGCUGCUGAAGGCGCUGGGGACGCUGCAGCAGGCCGGCAAGGCGGAGGUGAUGGGCACGGACGGCGUCAAGUUCUUCUAGCGCGCUGGAUGCCUCAUGCCUUCGGCGCCGGGUGCCCUCCUGUGGAACCUCCGCCUCCUCUGCCUCCGCCGGUGCCCGGUAUCCGGCCGGAGAACUGUUCUGUGUCGGCCUGCGCCGACAGCGUGAAGACUGCAGCGCGGCGGCGGCGCCGCUAGGGGGCUGCGGUGCUGACGCUGGUGACGCUCGCUCGGCGUACACCGAUCCCGCCGGCCCGCUGCGCCGCCGCUCGUCACGUGGGGAUGUGCGGCCCGGCUGCGGCCCCAGCCCAGUUCCAGCCCUAGCCCCAGCCCGGCCCCGGACCCGGCCCGGCUCUGGCGCCAUUGGGGCUUGGGAUGGACUCGGCGAUGCACAGAGUCCACCGCCCGGACUCGGGGAGGGGGGCUCGGGGCCGGUCGGCGGCCCUUUGCGUCCACUGUAUGCUGGUCGGGAGAUGUGCGCUCCAAUCGCCACGGGUCGAGCGAGGGCGUCGUACCGGCUGGGACCGCGUCGGACGGGGCUGGCGGCCGUUGCAAUCGCGUGCGCAGUGCUGAGACGAUAUUACACCGAGGAUGUAAUACGCCGUGGCUGCCCCUAUUGCUGGUGGACGCGUCUUUUUGUCGCCUUUUCGUAUGUGCGGCUGGCUUUGUUGUUCCAGCUGUCGGCUUGUGGUAUUUCUCAUCCUGUGAUCGAGCCCGGAUCCGAUCUUUCCGGAGAGGUGCUGGAGCCGACCGGCUCGCGCCCGGUUGCGAUGUGUGUGAUGGCGCCUGUACGCUCCCAGCGUCAUUAGAGCGGUGGUGACGCCCGCGUGUUGUCAUGGAGCUGCGGUCGGUGUCCGUCUGGCAGUGCAAUUGAAGAGACGGUCUGAGCGAGGCGCCUGCGCUGGAGGAAACAUUGCGACACACUAGCAUGAAGCUGGGUGAUGAGCUGAUGGCCAGCAGCCCAAUAAACGAAUGAGGGACAUCAUAUGGUCGAA